AUGGCCUCAUUGAAGAGUUGGGUACUAGGACUCCUGCUGGUGCUCCUGUGCUCAUCCCAGCUGCCACUCUCCGGGGUAGUUAGUGCCCAGAACGUGGCCGAAGCAGAGGCCGACCUCUAUGCCAGAAACGAUGAGGUUGUGGCAGAGGAGGGCGAAACCAUUGAUAGCGAUGGUGGUGCUAUUGAGGAAGAAGAAGAGGUAGAAGGAGAGGAAGGUGAAGAGGAAUCAGACGAUGAGGAAGAGGAGGCAGCUGAGGAAGAAGAAGAUGAAGAGGCUGCAGACGAGGAAGAGGAGGAUGAUACCGAAGAAGAGGAGGAUGAUGAGGUGGCAGCCGAGGAAGAGGAUGAUGAGGAGGAGGAGGAAGAUGAUGAUGAGGAGGAGGAGGAAGAGGAGGAAGAUGAUGAUGAGGAGGAGGAAAAGGCUGCAGUUGAGGAAGAGGAGGCUGCUGAAGAGGAGGAGGGGGAUGGUGAGGAUGAGGAUGAGGCUGCAGAUGAGGUAGAUGAUGAUGAAGAAAAGGAUCACGAUGAUGAUGAGCAGGUGGAAGAGGCAGCAGCUGAGGAGGAUGAUGACGAGGAUGAUGAAGAUGAGGAUGAUACAGCAGAAGAAGAGGAUGCUGAGGAAGACGAGGCAACCGAAGGAGAGGCGGUAGCUGCGGAAGAGGAUGAUGAUGAUGAGCAUGAAGACGUCGUAGCAGAGGCCCAGGCUGACGCGGACGCCGUCUCUGACUUGCUGCAUUUCCGCUCUGGCUCUAUGUGCAGCGUGUGCUCCAUCUGCCAGCACUGCUCCGGUAGAUGCGCCAAGUGCCCAUGUGAGGAGGGAGACGAGUCAGACCACUGCAAUCACUGUCAGGGAUGCUCGUCCUGCUACCUCUGCCCCAUUCUGUGCGACACCAUUUGCUCUCCAGGCGGCCUUGUGGAUGAGCUGACCGGGUCCCUCUUUCAGUGA